AUGCCAAUGUCAAUAGUAUCCAACCUAAGACUAUUUAAAACAAAAACUUCAAAUUUAAUAACCGGCUUCUUCACCGAUCCAAACGAAAAAUAUUAUGCCGAACCUCAACUGUUGAAAAAUGGCGUGAUCAAAGGACAUUCUCACGUUACCAUACAAAAACUUGAUGGUAAUAAUUUACCUGAUGCAAAGGAUUUUGCAUUCUUUAAAGGAUUGGAUCAACCAGAUAAAAAUGGAAUUUUAUCAGUUAAAGUAAAAGGUUUAUCGCCCGGUGAUUAUAGAAUUUGUACUUUAGUCUCCUCAUUCUCUCAUCAACCUGUGAUAAUGCCAGUCGCAAAACGUGAAAAUGCGUUUUAUACAGAGAACAAUGCCAAUUUGAAUAGUGUUAUGCAAAUAUAUGUGCACGAUUGUACCUAUUUAGGCUUUAUUAUUAUUGAAGAACCAUUUUUAGUUCAAAAAUUAAUAUUUCCUAUCAGUAGAAUGUUAAUGGCGGAUAAUCUUAAUUUUGAUCCUAUUGAUGAGUUUAGUUCUGGCGUUGACGUAAAUGCUGCUAUGUUUAUGUCAAUUGGAGGUCAAGAUAAAAAUUUAUUAAUAAUAUUUGGUGGCUUUUCAAAAAGGAAAGCACCCCCAAAUCCAUUAUAUAUUUUCAAUACAACAAGCAAGUCAAAGUCAUUAGCUUUUAAAGAAGUUAUACCAGAAUGUACUGGUCGUGUGCUACACACUUCAGUCACCAAAUAUGAUUCAAAAGUUUUUAUAUUAGGUGGAUCCUCCUUACCUGUUGUUGAAAAAACUAGUGUUGGUGAUGCAUUAAAUACGUUAUGUGUGUAUGAUUCAUUAACAGACACAUUUAAAAUGUCACCAAUAAAUGUUUUUCCAAAAGGAAUUUCUCAUCAUACUUCAACUUUACUAAGUGAUGAUCUCAUUUAUGUUAUUGGUGGUAUUAAUAAUGUGGUGGAUGGUACAGGCUCCUCUCUCCUAUCGGAAAUGAAUGUAAUUACUAUUUAUGACACUAAUCUAGAUACUUGGACCUCAAAGACCACUUUAGGUGUUACUCCCUCACCAAGAAGAGGUCAUCGAGCUGUUGGAACAACAGACAAGAAAAUUAUUAUUUAUGGUGGUUGUAAGAAUGCAAAAAUUAUUUAUGAUGAUGUGUUAGAACUUGAUACAACUACACUGGCAUGGAAAACUAUCCAACCUUUGGGAAUAACUAAACUACCAGGAUUGUUUGAUAAUACAAUGACAAUGGUUGGAACUAAUAUUAUAAUUGCAUAUGGUAAAUAA